AUGCCUCCAUCUCGUACAGGACGUGCAUACGAAGGACCGCCAUCCAGGAUCGCUACCAGGAUCGGUCCCACUGUCGCCCUGCUGCUAAUUCUUUUCGAGCAUCGCCGCGCAUCUUGUCUAAUGAGCAACUCAGUGGAUGAUUGGGUGAGUGGCAGCGCUGUCGUUUGUAACGGCAUUCCAGGACUGACGAAGGAUCAACGCGAGCUUUGCCAUAGAAAUCCCGAUGUCACCGUAGCCGCGAUCAAAGGGCUACAAAUUGCCAUAUCCGAAUGUCAAAAUCAGUUCAUGUGGCACAGGUGGAACUGUUCGUCACUCACACCUAGCAGCAGAACUCAACAGAGCAGUGUCCUUCUUAAACGAGGCUAUAGAGAGACGGCAUUCGCCUACGCGAUUUCGGCAGCUGGUGUGGCUCAUAACGUGGCUCGUGCCUGCAGUAUGGGCCGCCUGCUUUCUUGCAGCUGCGAUCCUUUGCACUAUAUGGAUAAUCCGCCGACGACUACCAGAGACAUCACAUUUAAGUGGGGUGGUUGCUCUCACAACCUCGAAUACGGCAUGGAAUUCUCGAGGCAGUUCCUAGACACGCGGGAGAAAGCCGGCGACAUACAGUCUACUGUGAAUCUACACAAUAAUCAAGCUGGUCGUUUGGCAUUAGCAAACAACAUGCAGAUACGCUGCAAGUGCCACGGCAUGUCCGGGUCAUGUGAACUGAAAACUUGCUGGAAAAUCGUUCCGGAAUUCCGAGUAGUCGGCAAAGUCCUGAAGAAUCGUUUCAGAAACGCUGUAUUGGUAACGCAGAGCAAUCUGGGCAAUGUGAUACCGUCAAACAAGAUUCGAGGAUCACGACGGAGGCAAAAACAGAAACAGAAGAAACGUCGCGGGGGCGGCCGCAAGAGGAAACUUCGGGAUCUCCCCAAUCAGCUCUACUACUACCAGAGAUCACCGAACUUCUGCGAGCAGGAUCUAACGCUCGACAUUCCUGGCACUACUGGUCGCAGAUGUAACAAGACCAGCACCGGCGGAGAUGGAUGCUCUGAUCUAUGUUGCGGUAGAGGCUACAAUGUGGUACGACAACGACGAACGGAGCGAUGCAGAUGCAAAUUUCACUGGUGCUGCUUUGUACAAUGUCAGAAUUGCACAGUGGAAGAGUGGAUUACGGUUUGCAAAUAA